GAGCUGUAGACAGAGAUCAAGGAGGAGAAAUCCCGCUGGCAGAACAUUGUGGAAGAGACUGUUCUGAGCGGCUCCAAGAUGCAGGAAUCCAAUGGGGAGGAAAAAACCCAUAGAUCCCUCACAAGGAGGGGCUGCAAACCCAGCCCAGGGUGCUGCCAGGAGGAAAGACCCUUCCUGUGCUGGGAAGGCGGCCAGAGCUUCAGCCAGCUGGUGGAGAAGCCUCAUGUGGGGGAGAAGCCCCACAAGUGCUUGGAAUGUGGGAAGAGCUUCAGCUGGAGCUCCUGUCUGAUUCGCCAUCAGGUAAUUCACACAGGGGAACGGCCCUACAAGUGCAAGGAAUGUGGGAAAAGCUUCAGUGACUCCUCCAACCUCCUCACCCACCAGCGCCUACACGCCAGGGAACGGCCCUACCAGUGUGGGGAGUGUGGGAAGAGCUUCAGCAUCAGCUCAGACCUAAUCCAGCACCAGAAGAUCCACAGUGGAGAACAGCCCUACGAGUGUCCCGAGUGUGCAAAGAGAUUUCGGACCAGCUCCCAUCUCCUCCUGCAUCAGCGCAUUCACAUGGAUGAGAGGCCCUUCUGCUGCCCUGAUUGUGGGAAGGGCUUCAAACGCAACUCCCACCUUGUCAGCCAUGAGCGUGUCCACACUGGGAAGAGGCUCUACGAGUGUGGGAAGAGUUUCUCCCACAACUCUGCCUUGACUUCACACCAACGGACCCAUGAGUAGGGGAAGUCCUACAAGUGCCCUGACUUCAGGAAGGGCUUUGUUUCCUCUUCCAACAUCAUCACCCACUAAAGGACCCAUGUUGCAUUAUCCACAGUGAUCCAUAUUAUGCAAAAACCUGGUGAUCCAUGUUGGGUGAAGACCUAGUGACCCAUGUUCCACAUGAUCCACGUUGGGAAGACACCUGGCUGGUUGUCUUCACCUGCUCCUGGUUCCCUGGAGGCACCUGGAUGAACGCAGGGGGAAAGAACGUCUAUCAGGAUGCAGACUGACAUCAGAAAUUGAAGUACUGAGGCCUGAACGACAGGCACCGCAUCAAAGCUGAUCUCUAGAUGAACCUUCCAACCAAACAUUAUAUGAUACUUGUAUCUGGUAAUUAGUGCAAUAUCAAUGGUCAUUAGUGAAAUAUAUGAUGUGAUACAAAUGUAUUUAUCCUUCCAUGUUUAGGGAACGGUCAAGGCAAUGAAAUCGGCCCUGUUUGAAGGUAUAUUGUCAAAGCCAACUCCCUUGUUUCCUUAUUGAGCCCUGACCAGGCUUUGGGUGGAACACAAAUGUUGUGGGUUGAUGCUGGCCGGAUGCCAUGCACCCACGAAAGCCACUUACUCACUCCUCUCCACAGCUGGACAGGGGAGAGAAAAUAUGUAACAAAGGAUUCAUGGGUUGAGAUAAGGACUGGGAGAGACAUUCCUCACCAAACACCAUCACAGGCAAAACAGGCUUAGCUUUGAGAUAUGAAAUCAACUAACAAAAUCAGAGUAGGAUAAUAAAUAAAUUAAGCCCUUAAAACCACCUUCCCCCAACCUUCCCUCCUUCCCAGCUCUAUCCCAGCAGCACGUCCUGCCAGGGAUAGAUUGGGGGGAUCUCCUUCCCUUUCCCUCUGGCA